AUGGAAUCAGCCAAGAGCAAUUCCGGGAAGAAGAACUUUCUAGUGAAGACAUGGAAACGGUGUCGUUCUUUUCCCCGGAGUCACAGCAGCAGAGGCGGUGUUUGGGGUUUGGCGAAGAGCAAAUCAUGGCACGGCAAGGAGAUGAUGCCGAAGAAGAAGAAAAUGGCGCCGGAAGGUUUUUUUCCGGUGUACGUGGGACCGGAGAGACAAAGGUUUGCCAUCAAGACAAAGCUCGUUAACCAUCCUUUGUUCACGAAGCUUCUAGAAGAUGCGGAAAUCGAAUACGGGUACAAUUGUGACGGCCCGAUAUCGCUUCCAUGUGCUGUGGAUCUGUUCUAUGAGAUAUUGGCAGAGAUGGAGGCUAAAGAUCAUGUGCGGCCGCUUGAAUGGAGUUUCGCCUACGGAUCAUGCAGUCCGUUUAAUCCUAGCCGUCGAUUGGGAAUCUACGGUGCAGAUCAAAUGGCCAAAGGGUAUGGUUCUUAUGAACAUCUUCAAACUACGAGCUUGUUUAAGAUGAAUUAA